UCAGAUUGUCAGCCCAUGAAUGAUGACUCUGCCGUUCUCCUCCAUGUUGCAGGUGCUCGGAGAUGGCAAACAAAACGCGCCGACGAGAUCUCACUCGUCAUGCCCGACUCCUCCCCGUCCCCUCUCCAGAGAAGCAGGCAGUCGGCGAAGCCGAUGGCUGGCACGACCCACCGGCCGAGCAAGCCGUCGCCGCCACCUCACGCUCCCAAGCGACUAGCUCCGAGUCGCGCCCCCCUCGCGUCCCUGGCACUCCUCCUACUCGCCGCCGCCGGCAUACUCCUCUACUCCCAGUCCCAGACCACCCCGCCAUCCUCCCAAAUCGACGUCCGCUCAAGCGAAUCGCCAGCGCUCUCCUCCCCGACGGUGGAGUCCAUCGACGGCGCCCGCGCCAUCUGGGAGCUCCCUGCGGCCCCCGCCAGGGCGGUCCUCUUCGUCGCCCACGGCUGCCGCUGCCGCCCGGAGAACUUCUGGCCUCCGUCCCAGAGCUGCCCGGGGUGCGUCGGGCUGCCGGAGGACGUCGCCAUCACGGCCCGCGCGCUGCGGAGGCGGUUCGCGGUGCUCGCAGUGGCGAGCAACGAGGAGUGCUGGUCAUUGGAGCAGGAGGUGGGUGCCACCAAACGGGCGAUCCAGUCUUGGACCGCCAAGAAUGGCCUCGGGGAACGUCCGGUGUUCGCUCUUGGAGCGUCGUCCGGUGGGUACUUCGUCUCUCGGCUCGCAACCGAGAUGAACCUUGCCGCCGUCGUGAUUAUGAUCUCUGAAGGUGCGUUUGGGCCGGCGGGAGCGCCGGCGGGCUACCCGCCAGCUAUGUUUCUCCACAUGCCGAAGGACCAUAGGAGGGCGGCAUCCGUGGAGAGGAAUAUGAAGAUGCUGAGGGGAAAUGGCGUUGAGGUGAAGGAGGUCCGGAGCGUGGAGCUUCCUCUGACGCCGACGCUGCUGUCUGACAGGAUACCAGGGCUGGACCACGGAUUGUCGGAGAGAAUUUUGAAGAUGUUCAGUGAGGAAGGGUUCGUUGAUGAUAGAGGGUACAUGAGGAAGGAUGGCCGGGCAACGCCAUGGAAGGAUGCAGUGGUCAAGAGGGGGUUCUGGGAGGAGGUUUCCCGGUGGGCUGAGCACAUACAGGAGGAGCUUAAUCUUGCUUAUGGAUACCAUGAGAUGACAAGCUUGCAAGCUGACGAGAUGUUCGAUUGGAUUGAGGAGCACCUGACUUGAGCUUUAUGGUUGAUGAAUGAUUGGUUGUUCCUUGCUGUCCAGCUUACAGUUUUAGGAUGAUACGGUAGUACGGUACUGGCUGCGUCGCCAAAAAAAAACUAACUACUCGGUGGAUUGGAGAAGAAGCUGUGGUUGUAGCUCUGCGGAUUUUUAGGGCAUGAAUCAACACAUGACUACAGAAGAAGCAACCACAAUAUCAUGUUGUAAUGAAUCAACUUGAUAUGAAUAUGUACAUUUCCUUCAGUUGGCUCUUGUGCAAAACUGCAAGUGGAAGGGGAGGGAGAAGCAUACCAAAGGUAGUUCAUUAUGUUUUCUCUGAUCUGUAAUGAAAGUUCUGUGUUUAUCUAGAUGAAUUUGCGCAUGCAUUUUUAUUUUUCAGUAACCAAUAUUGGGUCAAUAUUAUUGUUUGUUUCUCUGAA